CUUGGAAGUUCUUGGGGGUACUUCGGUAAUUAUGGCGAUAUGCCGCGUCAAACCUACGCGCUGCGGCUUCAUUCCAGGCUGCUUCCGUGCUCUUUCUCAUGCUCGUUUUCCAUCGUUGCGCGUGCCUUUGACUCUCAUGGGCAAAAUGGUCAAAUCUCAUUUCCACAUAUACACACGUGUGUGUAUAUAUAUGCUCCUUUGUGAAAUAAUCUUAUUCGUUUUACCGCCGAACGCGUUGACGAAAAGGAAGGGAGAUAUGCGUAGAUCGGCGAGCAGUUCCAGAGUCUCCGACCAGUUUCCGGCGAAUAACCCGGCGCCGUCUCCGUCUCCGUCUCCGUCUCCGUCUCCGCUGCGUUCUCUGUCGCAGAGCUCUGUAACUGCGGAGGAGAGGCAGCAGCUGUUGCCGAGGUACGAUCCAAACUCUCAUCCUGGGAAGAGAGAGAAAUCGCGGCUCAGAUCCUCCGAGAACGUCAUCCAUAUCAUUCCUCUCGUUCUCGUUCUUUGCGCCGUUAUCCUCUGGUUGUUCUCGCAUCCAGUCACGAUACUAAAACAGUGAUGAUUGGCAUGUCAGCUGCAUCAAGGAGUUAAUUCUUCCGAAGGAAUUCUUUACUCAGUGCUCUUCUCUGUGGAGCCCUUGCGGAGAUGGUGAAAUUGUCUGAUAAGAGAUGAGUGCCUGUCAAAGCUAUUUCUCCUAUGGUGGAAAAGAUGUUGAUGCUUGGCUUCUUUGAGUGGGUAUGCAGCACAGGUAAUUUAUGACUUGAUAGGAAGAUAGUCAAUAGGAACCAAUUGUCUGUUGUCGAGAGAUUCUCUAAAAAAUCAUAGCAAUAGAAAUUUCCCUCGAUAGCAUUGACCAUAUGUAAUGGUUUAUUCUUUACACACUUCCAAAGAGAUUGUGUCAAAAUUCUUUGAAUAUUAUCUGUAGGAGUUCUUUUCUGGUACUUUUUUCCAAGCGCUGUUGCAAUGAAAUGUAUGAGUUGACAUCUCUAUCUUAUGCAAUGGAUCUGCGUAUAAGAGUUCAUCUUUCUGCACCACAGAGGCUCACACUCAAAGUUCAUGUGUUCCAACAUCGAUCCGUGCCUUACCCCUUUAGGUAUGACAACAUUCUCUAACAGAAUACACAAGAGGGUUGCCCCAUUGCAGAUGUGUUCCAACUCGACUUGCACUCAUUGUUAAUUGGAAAGCAGAGAUCCUGUUGCUGCUUCCGCUGGUUCAGUCCCUCAAGUCAUUGCGCACCGGUAAGCUUUCUCGCCAAAACUACUUGUAAUUUUUAUGUCUGGGCUCUGGAGGAGCUAUGAUUGGCCAGAUCCAUCGGUCUGCAAGAGUUCUGUUCUGCCGAUCAUCUGGUGUUAGAGCUAUGAGGUUUGGCAAAUCUUCAGGGAAGGUACUAACUAUAACUGCUAACAAGUUAUUGUGCUGUGUUCCUUUAGAAAAACUGGAUCUGUAAAUUUCAUCCAUUUAAGACCGUUUGCAUUGCUUUGUAUCCUUUUUCAAUUUGGAUUUUGAAGGAAAACCCCGAUGGAUCAUGGAGGCAGCUUUGGUGGCAAGUGUCUGCCAAGAGUAACUCUUCUUGGCUGUAAGAGUGAAACAAAAAAUCUUGGAUGAAUUUUCCAAAAAGAGAGAAGAGGAGACCACGACAAAGAUAAGUCAUUUCAUUUGUUUUCUCCUACUUGUGGAUUAUAUAUUCUUCAUAGAUAUGAUUCCACUUCCUUAUGAGAUUGUUGGAUGAAUUUUCCAUUAACCGUUUCUGAUACCAACCAUUAAGAUCUGUUCGGAUCCUUGUUUGUUUUCAUUCUGUGUUAUUUUGCAUUGUCAAUGUCCGAGCGGUUAUUGAA